GUAGGUGGCAGCACGCGCCUUCUGCGCUGGUUGUGUGACGCUCCCAUCAAUAGAAGCAGCUGAACACUGAGGAGCAGCUGAGUGAAACAAACGUGGAGGAGUCUGAACACUCGCUGAGAGUUUGUGAUAGGAACAGAUAAAGAUGGACGUGGCUCUUUACCUAAUAGCUGCUGCCAUCCUUGUCGUGCUCAUCGCGUUCGUGCUCAAGGUGCGCAGGAAAACACAGGAAGCUGAUGAGGAGCAGCAGCGGGAUGUUGUUCGGGCAGUGGGGCGCCCUCAGCUCGUGGCGGAGGAGCGAGGAGCGGGUAUGCCUCGCAGGAGGAGGAACCUCGCCACGGUGAUGGCCAACAGACGACCACAGAGAGAAGCUGUGGAACAAGAGGAGGAAGAUGUGGAGGAAGAGGAGCCGGAACAGGAGCAGCAGACCUUCCAGCUGUCAGCAAAGGUUGGAGCCAAGAAGCAGAAGAAGCUGGAGGAGAAACAGGCCAAGAAAGCCCAGAGAGAGGCGGAGAUGGAGGAGAGGGAGGAGAGGAAGAGAAUGCAGGAGCUCAGGGAGCAGGAGCGACGGCAUGAAGACGAGAAGGAACGACAGCUAGAACAGAAACAGGAGGAAGAGGAGCAAAGAGCCAAAGAGGAGCAGGAGCGGCGGGAAGAGGAGGAGUACUUAAAACUCAAAGCUUCCUUCAUUGUAGAGGACCAGGGAGAGGAGGAGCAGCUCACUGAAGACCAGUCACGCAACCUGCUGCAAGAAUUCAUUGAGUACAUCGAGAGCUCCAAGGUCGUCCUCCUGGAGGACUUGGCUUCUCAGUUUGGGAUGAGGACUCAGGAUGCGAUCAGCAGACUGCAGGACCUGUUGGCGGAAGGCUCCCUCACAGGAGUGAUUGACGACAGAGGGAAGUUUAUCUCCAUUACUCCAGAGGAGCUGGACUCUGUGGCUCAUUUCAUCCGACAGAGAGGCAGAGUGUCCAUCACAGAACUGGCUCAGGCCAGUAACUCUCUCAUUAACCUGACGCCUGAGAGCCGCAGCGCCGCCUGAUGGCUGCAGGACCACACGUCACAAUAAUCUGGACUCAGAUCAGUGUGAGGGUUUCGCUUAACACUUGGUGGACAGCGCGUGCUGCUCUGUUGUUCUGCUUCUGGCUAUAGCGUCUGCCACCUAAUAUUUAUUAUCUGCUGUGCUUCAAGUACAGACGAGCCCACAGCUCAGAUGUCAGGCUGCACAUAAAACAGGACUUAUGUUUGAUAAAUAAACACAUAUUGACGCACUAUGCACAGUGUGUGACAUUAACUAACUCAUGAACAGGAAAAACAAUUUAAAAAAUCCUGUUUGAAAGCAAGUAUUUGCUUUGUCGCAUCUUGUCUGGAGUUGUGUCUUAUUUGUCAUGUGACUUAUAUGGUGAUGUCAUCUAACAACAAAGACAAAGCACAUGUCUGACACCUACAUGCUGACCCCUGAAAUCUAUUAGCACUUCCUACAGGAUCCUGUGUUCAGAGUGCGCUGCUCCAUCACUGCUUUUCACACGCGUCAAAACAUUUGCACCGUUAAUUAAAAGUGACCUUUUACUUUUA